GCACCACAAACAUCUUCUGUGUGCUGCUCCUCUCCUUCGGCUUACAACCCGUUGCCUGGUGCAUUUCUUCUUCGUAUCCUCCUGGUUGAACUGCCAGCUGGACCUGGUCGCAACGCAAUGUCCCCCUCUCCUCGCAGGAGAGGCCUCCCAGUUGUCGUGGACGACACUGAUCCUGAGCUAAAGUACAUGGGGGACUGGAGUAGACAAACCCCAAGUCCCGGUCAGUUGAAUAAUACGGUGACCGGGACGGUCGAGAAUGGAGCUAGUGUAUCAUUCACUUUCAAAGGCACGUCGAUCAAGGUCUAUGGGCAGCAAAUUCCGAACGACACGCAGAACUCAACGUACAUGAUCAAUGGACAGAGUUUCACGUAUUUCAUGAAGGACGCGAUUCACCAGCAGCACCAUCAGGUCCAAUUCUUCAGCUCCCCUACCAUCGGCGAUGGAGAGCACACAAUCUACAUUAUCAAUCAUGGUGACUCCCUCCUCAUCGAUUACCUUGAGGUCGUCAUCGAUGGUACGAUUGUGAGCUCUAGUCCUUCACCCCACACAACACAUACUUCUGCGAAGCCGACGAUGCCGUCGAGGGCGGCACCGUCUAGCGCGCCUCAGCAAGUACUGACGAGUACCCACUCUGCAUCAGGAGCAAUCGUGGCGGCUUUUGUCGUUCUUGGGGUUUUCAUGUUCUCAUUAUUGCUCGGCAUCGCUGUCUACAUAUUCUGGAGAUGGAGAUGCAAACAGCUCUCAAGCUCCGCAUUCGUUACCCCUUUCCAAUCCGCUGGGAGCACAACAGACGUCAGUUCCUAUAGAUCGAAGAAGUCCGGCUUGCUUGACCGGGAUCCGUUCCGCAACAACCGUGAACAACCCCCAGUCUAUGGGUAUUCUGCUCAAGAAAUGCCGAACACGAUCUUCGCGUACGACGAUGGCGAGCAUGAGGUUGACGUUCCGCGGUCUGUGCUGCUCUCAGCACUGAAGAGGGUGCCACAGCCUCAGCGUGUGUCCAUCGCGUCUACGCCGGUGCUCAUCGCGACCUUGCCUAAUCCGUAA